AUGCCAUGCACCUCGCAAAGCUCCUGUCAGGAUUGCACCUGUGAAGGAGACACCAGCCGUGGAGGACGUACCGUUGACAUCGAAGACUGCCAGGCCGAACUGCUCGCACUGCGGAACCGCACCCGGGAGCUGGAAAAGACCCUGGCGUCGCUGAAGGAUAAUAAUGCUAGCCGUGUGGAUCGCUCGAAGCCAGCCCGGAAAGGCUUCCGAUCAGCCAGGUGGUUCAACGAUGAGAGCGACCCCGGAAUGACCGCAUUGUACCUCGAACGCUAUCUCAACUAUGGAAUGACGCGGGAGGAGUUAAUGUCCGGCAAACCGGUCAUCGGGAUCGCCCAGUCGGGCUCCGAUCUGGCUCCCUGCAAUCGCCAUCAUCUGGAGCUGGCGAAGCGCGUGCGAGAAGGCAUUCGCUCAGCGGGUGCUAUUGCCUUUGAAUUCCCAACUCAUCCGAUCCAGGAGAGCUCGCGCAGGCCGACUGCUGCUAUCGAUAGGAACCUGGCCUAUCUCGCCCUGGUUGAGGUGCUGCAUGGAUAUCCUCUGGAUGGAGUGGUCUUGCUUACCGGCUGUGACAAGACGACGCCGGCGUUUUUGAUGGCUGCAGUCACAGUGAAUAUACCUGCCAUCUGUUUGAAUGUGGGCCCGAUGCUCAAUGGAUAUGUGAAGAAUCAACUAGCGGGCUCAGGAAUGGUGGUCUGGAAAGGCAGGGAGAUGUAUGCCACAGGCGAGAUAAACAAGGAAGAGUUCAUUGAUUAUGUGUCCAGGGGGGCUCCCUCAGUAGGUCAUUGCAACACCAUGGGAACAGCAUCCACGAUGAACGCACUGGCAGAAGCUCUGGGGAUGGCGCUGCCUGGAUCUUCUGCCAUUCCCGCAGCGUAUCGUGAGAGAGCGCAAUGUGCCUAUGAGACGGGAGUGCAGAUCGUGGAGAUGGUCUACGCGGACAGAAAGCCAAGUGACAUCCUAACACGACAGGCAUUCGAGAAUGCUAUCGUGGCCAACACAGCUAUCGGUGGGAGCACGAAUGCCCCAAUCCACAUCAAUGCCAUUGCCAAACACGUAGGGGUGGAUCUCUCCUGGGACGAUUGGGAUCGUCUCGGCUUUCAUAUUCCCCUUCUGCUUAACAUGCAGCCUGCAGGUGAGCUUCUAGGCGAGGAAUACUAUCGUGCAGGCGGGCUGGUCGCCAUCAAUGCCGAGUUGCUGGAUGCCGGCAAACUCCACGGGGAUGCUCUUACAUGCAACGGCCGCACCGUAGCCGAGAAUGUCCAAGGGAAGUUCUCAUGGGACCGUCGGAUGAUCCGACCGUACGCGGAACCUCUCUUGAAAGACGCCGGCUUCUUGCAUCUUAAGGGCAGCCUGUUUGAUUCGGCCAUCAUGAAGACCUGUGUGAUUUCUUCGGGGUUUCGGAGGAAGUUCCUGGAGAACCCCGACGACCCGAAUGCAUUUGAGAGCAAAAUCGCAGUGUUCGACGGGCCAGAAGACUACCACCAUCGUCUUGAUGACCCUUCAACACCCAUCGAUGACGCUACCAUCCUAGUGAUGCGUGGCACUGGGCCCCUUGGGUACCCCGGUUCGGCUGAAGUGGUGAACAUGCGGCCUCCGGGACAUCUGUUGCAAAAAGGCAUACAUUCUCUGCCAUGCAUUGGAGACGGCAGACAAUCAGGCACUUCCAGCUCACCGUCCAUUUUAAACGCCAGUCCCGAGGCUGCUGCGGGGGGGAACCUAGCUCUACUCCGCGACGGGGAUAGAAUCCGGGUGGACCUCCAAAAGCGUCGGGUGGACAUUCUACUUUCCCCCGAGGAACUUGCGAGACGGAGGGAGGCUCUCGAUGCAAACGGAGGCUACAAGUUCCCGCAGAGUCAGACUCCGUGGCAGGAAAUGUUCCGCAAAGAGGUAGCCCAGUUGAACGAGGGGAUGGUCCUUCGUGAAGCCAUCAAGUAUCAGCGACUGGCACAGCGGUGGGAAGCGGCUAGACAGAAUCAUUGA